UGCCCAUCGCCGUUGUGGGAUUAUUAUCACACAUCGACAGGAUCUGAACGAAUGCGGAAACAUAAAGGCUGCUUUUGCCCAAUGAAGUCUUGGCUUUACAUGUUUAGAUAGCAGUUUCUCUUCAAGCCAUCUGUACAGACAUCGCAAUAACGUGUAAGAGGUUUGGGUACCAUAUGAGAACAGUGGAGCUGAUCAUUCAAGCUGUACUGCGGAGUACACCAAGAUCAAGGGACACUUUACAAUGUCAGUACUACCAAGUCAGGAGAUUGCCACCAGAUUCAAGGAGAAAUGGAUGAAGCUUCACCCAGAAGACCAAGACAAUGAGAAUGGUUCAGUGCACCUGGAUGACAGUCUCACCAGCCUCCAAUGGCUCCAGGACUUCACCAUAGUCAGUGUGAGUCUAGAAAGCCUACCGGGCUCCACUUGCCAGCCGUACCACCUGCCUCAGCCCAGCCACCUGCAUCCUCAAGGCUCCGACUCCCCCUCCAGUCCACCUGUUGGGGACACUGCAGCCUCCGGCAUGCCUCGGAGUACAGGCAGCCCCAUCACCUCCAGUGCCUCAGCCAACAGGACUAGUUACUACUCACUUCAACCGACAGUGACCAACAACCACCACCAGAUCACUGUGCCAGCCAAGUCCCUGGAGGAGGUAGACUUCAAGACCAACCACGAGGUGAAGCCUCCCUACUCCUACGCCACACUGAUCUGCAUGGCCAUGCAGGCCGGCAAGAAGAACAAGAUCACACUGUCUGCUAUCUAUAACUGGAUCACAGAGAACUUCUGCUACUACAGACACGCUGAGACCAGCUGGCAGAACUCUAUCCGUCAUAACCUGUCACUCAACAAGUGCUUCAUGAAGGUUCCCAGGCAGAAGAAUGAACCAGGAAAAGGGGGAUUCUGGCAGAUUGACCCUCAGUACGCGGACAUGUUUGUCAAUGGAGUCUUCAAGCGCAAGCAGAUGUCAGCCAUCCAUUUCAACACCCAGAGGCACAGCAAAACCCAAGGAUCAUCCCGUAACCGGAAAACCCAGGAGUACCACCAGCAUUUCUCCCAGGCCCACUACACAGUGUCCCACAGAGGGGCAGGUGCUGGGAACAGACGCAAACUUGGUGGCACAAAGUGGGAGACCGUCCAUAAGUCACCACUGUUGACACCGGAUCUCAUGGAACCAGAGGCACUGAAGGGUGAACUAGACUGGGCCAUGGUGUUUGACGAUGUUCUGAAUGGGAGCAGCAAUAACUUUGAGGAUCUAGACAUUAACUUAGCUCUGAACUCCCUGGGCUGUAAGGUGGAGCUCUCCCAGCAGGAUCAAGGCCGGGCCUGGCACCUGGGGAGGUGGUGUAGCGGAGGGGCUGACCGGGACCACCAACAGGCCUGCAGGUACAUGGGGGGGACCACCAUAGGCUGCUACAGCAUGGAGGAGAUCCAGCAGCACCUCAACCUGACUGGACUGCAGCAGCCGCUCCCUUUGGAGGUCCACCCGCAGCACUUUGAGGAGCCGACCCUGUUCCCUGAUGAGCAGCAGAGGCACCCCUGGGAGGAGCUGAAAGAGGAGGUGCAGGCAGUGCCUAUUACCCUGGACCAUAGUCUCAGCUUCUGUGAGGGCUUCUUCACUGAGAUGCAGCCAUGGGGGACAGCAGAGUCUUAUAUGUGACACCCUCACCCAGCACCAGCCCCAAUACUGAACAAGCAGUCCAGCAGGAGGCCAGAGGACCUAUAGACUACUGUUUUGCUACAUUAGCAUUAUGGAUUUAUUCGGAGAAACGUCUGAGUCACAUUUACUGUGUUUUUUAAUGUGCAUUUUCUAUUUGCUUUGUGAUUGUUUGCAUCUAUGAAACAAACAUGUUGUUUUUAUUGUAGUAUUGAAUGUCUGUUAUAAAACAAAACAAAUCUAUCCUAAUUAGCAACCACUUCAUUUUUCAUUACACUACUUGUCAAACGUUUUAGAACACCUACUCAUUCAAGGGUUUUUCUUUAUUUUUUACGAUUUUCUACAUUUUAGAAUAAUAGUGAAGACAUCAAAACUAUGAAAUAACACAUAUGGAAUCAUGUA